UUGCAGACCCCUGAUCCUAUCUCAAUAUGGCUGAAGCUAAACGUGAAGCAGCUUAAUUUUUUAGUUAUUGUUGAGUUUGAGUAAAACUGCAAGGUGAAAAAUACAAUUGGUCCAAAUGACGAAUCAGUAAUGGCAUCUUUGUCAGCAUACAUCAUCGUAAUACAUUUAUUUUAUAUCAUGUCUUUAGCACAGGGGUCAUAACAGGGCCAGGACCAGUUCAACAGGGGCACUGGCCCCUGUUGGCCCCUGUCUAGAACCACCUCUCAUGGAAAUAUUAAAUACUAUAUGCAUUUUUGGCAAUGCUUGUUUAGUUUAGAUUUCUGUAUUUAGGUACAUUAGAUUUUGAAGAAGACCUGUUCACAUUUUGUCCAGGGUGUCCUUAAAUAUUUUAUGUAGUGGUGUAAUUUUGGGACCAACAAAUUUGCAGUGACAAUAGAAACGAUAAUAGAAUCUGGAUAAGUAGCUUUAGAUUAUUAUUUUUUUUAUUUCAUUAAUAAAAAUACAAAAGUAAAUAGCAAAUUUUAACACUUUAAACGUGGUAAAACUAUGACCAUAUAAUCUUGUUUUAUAAGUGACAAACGCUGCCUACAGUGGGUGAUGACUAUAGGGAAUCUGGCCUGGUCAGGUGGUCCAAGUAGGACGCUAACUUCAGUGUCUUUGAUGACGUCAAGGUUAGCUACGGAAAGUCGAGUAGCUCAAAACAGACAAUUUUUGGAACGUGAAACUUGAAUUUUACCUCCGUCUGCGUGUGUGGUCGUGGUACUAAAACUCGACCCUAAUAAUAAAAGCGUCCAAUUCACAGCUAGGGCUACCAGCGCCGAUAUAGGAGCCAGUUUCGCUUUGCUUUGAGUAGCGGAUGAAGGCGAGCCCCUUGCGCGUUGCAUUGUGGGAGUUACAGUUUGUGUGCCACAUAUCGGUCUCCAUAACUUUGUACAGUCAGAUCAGAGAGAGGCGCGAGCCGAAGUCCAGCGGGACGGGCUGAACCCUCUCCACUUCAGGAUGUUUUACCGGGACUCUUGCUCCAUACCUGACUGCGGGCCAGCGGAGUACAGGCCAGCGCUUUGGGAAUAACACGCUUCGGGAAAACUUUUGGCGGCUCUCUCCGCUGUUCUGGGAAUCGCUGGUUGAGCAAACGGUCGCGGCGGUUAGCCAGCGAAGCUAACGGGACUGUAAGUAGGAAGGAGAGCGAGCGGCAGCCAGCGGGGUGGUUUAACUCAGGGCAGCAUUCAGCUCUCAUCCAGAGAGGGGCAGGCUGCGUGGACCCGGACCGUCGUAGUUCAGCAUGAAUAACAACACACGGGGCAGAAUUUGCAUAUCGCCGCUGUUAUCUGAUAAGGACGAUUGUCCUUCGUGAUUUUGUCCCUUAACCAAAUCGCUAGGAUGAGGCGGUCGGAAGCUGACCCAGAGCAGGCGCGAUUUUAGGCUGUGACUUGAAUUUUCGCAAAGAAUGUCCCAGCUGGAAAGUUCCCGUUCCUAUUUGGGUUUGGAGGACCCGCAGUGGCUGUGCAUGGUGACCCUGUUCAUCGCAUCCCUGGUCACCCUGGCUCUGUACUUCGUGCAGUAUUUCCAUCCCGGGCUCAUAGGAAGCAGGCGGAGAGCGGCGGCGGCGGCAGCAGCCGGGGACAAUGCGGCGGAGGAGGAAGCGGCGGCUCUGCUGGGAUGGGCGCUGUCACAGAGAAGCUGGAAAAGUCAGUGGAGGGGAGCCUGGUGCAGGGCUCUGAAUGAAGAGGCGACCAGGCGAGGGGGCGCUCCCCUGUUGACGUUUGAAGAAGAUGGCCUCCAGGCGCCGGAGCUCGCUGUCAGCCAGGUGUCCAGCUUCCAGAAGUCCGCCACCAACAAGGCCGCCUCCUGCCGUGUGGUCGGGGAGAAGCUUCAGUUCUCCCUCAGCGCCGCGUCCACGGCCGCAGCAGAUCCACGUAAAUACACGGCGCGUAUCGCUCCAGUAGAGCUGCAGCUUCAGCUACGUAUGCAGGAAGUCCAGGAUGAGAUCAAAGUGAGCUGGGAGGUGUCCUGCCUGGACGCUGAGGGGCUGCACGUCACCCCCGUCCUCACACAGGGCGCCGGCAGCGCUGGCGGUGCGGCCGCCGUGAAGGAGCGUCUGAGGCAGCUGGUGUGUGUGACUCGUCCCUCUGUGCUGCUGAGCUGCAGGUCUGCUCAGGCCUCAGAGCGCAAGGAAGCGUAUAGCAAAGUAAUGUCGCCUCCAAAGCCCCCCCGUGCCCACGACUGGAAGCUGCUUGUGAAAAACACCCGGGUCACACUCACUCAGGAGGAAGAUGCUGCAGGCAGCCUGAAUCCUCUGUGCGUUCUGCAGCUGGACGAUCCCCCGCAGAGGUUCAGCACCUCUGUUUUGAAGAACACAACCAAUCCUACCUGGGACCAGCCGUUUGUCUUUGAGUUGAACGGACGGUCCAAAGAGCUCUGUGUUCAGUUGCUAAAUGAUGGCCGACCUCCAGAGGAUGCUGUGCUAGGUCAGGUGUAUGUGCCUCUCGAUCUUGUGAGGAAGCAGCCCAAAGGACAGCAAACAUUUGCACUUAAGACCAAAGACGCAGUGACUGGAUCACUUACUACUGAGUUUACCUAUCUAGAGCCCAGUGAGGUGAGGUCCUGGCAACCUCCGACUCCAGCUGCCAGUAAGAGGGUGGAGAUGGACCGUACUGUCAUGCCUUGUGGCACCGUGGUCACCACCAUCACCGCUGUGAAGAGCAAGCCAGGGCGACAGCUCCCUCUCAACAACACUGAUCCUGCCCUGAAGACGGUUGACAGCAAGGCCAAGCUAGCUGAACGCAGAGUUUCAGAGCAGGUCUCCUUACUGGGGGGCACAGUGAGUAAGGCCUUAUCCUCCUCUGACACGGAGCUGCUCAUGCUCAAUGGAACAGACCCCGUGGCUGAAGCUGCAAUCAGACAGCUCCACCAGUCUGCCAAGCAGAAGCUCAAAUCGCCGGUUAAGAAGAGCACCAUCAUCAUCUCAGGCAUCGCCAAAACGCCCUUGUCUCAGGAUGAUGAACUUGCUCUGAUGGCGGGCUAUGCGGCACAGAUGGAUGCCUCCAUGUCAGAGAGCAGCUCCAGCCAGGACGUGACCACAGCAGUGGCAUCAGGUACCAGCAGUCCUCCUGAGGGCUCUGAGCCCCACCAAGGUCCCAGCGGCGUCGGUCGGCCUCCACAAGACUGGGAGAAUCAAACUGAAGAAGCACUAGACAACACAUCGCUGUCCAUGUGUGUUUCUGAGGCGAGCUGUAAGAAAAGCAGAGGGAGCUUCCUGCACAAGAGCGCCAAGCUCUUCUUCCGGCGUCGUCACCAGCGCAAAGAGCCGGGGAUGAGCCAGUCGCACAAUGACCUGGUUUACCUGGAGUCUCCGGCUGCAGUGGAGCGGGCCAGCAGGACCGCCACGCUUAGCCGCAUGCUGGUCCGCAGGAGUAAGAGUAACAAAAACAAGAGCAAAGCCAAUGGCUCUGCUCCUUCGGGGGAUCCUCAUGUGUGACCCCCCCCCCGACACCCACCGUCACCGCCGUUCGACCUCAGCCUCUCUCACAACUACCGCCAUCACCUCCAUGUUAAGGAUGCACAGGCGAACAUUAAGGCUAAGCUGCUUCCUGUAACGCCUGGCCGGCAGAGCGGAGCCCCUGCACUGUGAACAGGAAGCAAAGAGGCCUCCUCUUGUUCUCACGUUCAGCAGAACUUCCUGUAAGAAGCUGACAUUUUACAAACUGCAUGUGUUUACAUGUGGACAAGAGUUGUGUCCUGGGUUGAUGGCUAGUCGGCUGAUGUCACUUAGCAUGUUUUCUUUUAAUCGAUUUUAUGCCACUGGGGAAUCUUUUACGGCCCUGUUACGGACUGACGGGCCUGAUGAUCUUCCUGUACCCGCUGACACCGAGGCCGAACAGAAGACUCUCCCUGCUGCAAAGCUUUCGUUUCCCACCGUGGAUCAGCCGGACCAAAGACCGAGAGCAGAGUGCUGUUUGUAUGAUUUGCACAAGUCGAGUAGCUUGUAUUCGUUGUGCGAUGACAGGAGCUAGUAAUGUCUUCCUCCUACUAAAACAAUUCACAAAGGGAGAUCAUCAUCAUCGAACUACUACUUUAACACUAAUCUUAUAAGAUGAUUGGGUGGAAAUCAUUGAAUUUAUUCCCAGUACUUUAUUAAUAUACAUUUGCAGUGAAUGCAAAAAUCAAUUUUUACCUUGAAUUUCAGCUUACCUUAAGCUGAUGAUGAUGAUGAUGAUAAAUCCAGUGUAGCAGUCGAGUGAGACGUGAAUACACUGAAAGCGUUCCAUAAAUUGUUUCAGAUGAGUGAUUGGUUGUAGAGAGGGCAUGCUAUCAUGUACCACUGGCAUUCAUAGCAGCUCAGCCUCUCUAUAAAGGAAAAAAGAGCAGCAUGUUUUUAACUCUCUGUAAUAAACUAUGUUUAGUCUUCCUAAAAGAUUCCUCUUGUGCACUACUGCUGUCUGCAGGGAUGUUAUCCUGUCCAAAGGGAAGUGAAUAAACCUUUAUUCGAGGACUGAUGCUACACACGCCGGCCAAACCUGACCCAGUAGUGAACCUUAUUCCUUAUUCCCUUCAGUUCUCCGUUCACCCGCACUGGAAUCAACUCUGCUUCGUCCUUUUAGUCGCUUGUUGGUUCCUGAACAAAAGACCGUAUGCACACUUUUCGGGAGCAAACCAAAUAGACUGGCUGCUUCGUUUAAAUCCAGCUAAUGAUUGUAUUUUUCUUUGGUGAGCAGCUUGUUACCGUGCGUCCUUUUAUCUACUGUUUAUCCAUGAUGUGUCCUGCUCAGCUGCAGCAACAGAGCGAACACGUCGCCUUAUAGUUCCUCUUAAAACGUCUUCAGCAGCUCGUUCCUCAACUUCCUCAUCGGUCAAGACUAAAGGACUGUAGUGUGUUGCUGUAUCAUCUGCACCAGAAGCCUAUGCAGAUGUCAGCGUCCUGGGUGUUUACAAAAUUGGACAACUACAAACUUUCAUGACAAUGUGCUCAUCUGCAGAAGUUGUGGGCUUCCCUGUAUCUUUGUAUGCACGCGGCAGCAUUAGAAGUCAUCCACCAUCUGUUUUUUUUUUUUUUUUUUUGUUUAUUUGUUUAAAAAGCAAUCCCGACUCAGGACGUGGAGCCCCAGAGAAGCGCCUUCAAAUUUAGAGAAAAUGGAUUUUCUCAAAUGUCCUCCAGCCCUCAAGAACCCUACUGUUGGUUCACUAAGCUUUAGGGCUAAAUGUGUUUAUCAUUAUGCUUAACCUGGUUUCUUUUUUUAUGGUGUCUGCUCUGUGCACAUAAACUGACUGACUGAAGUGCUGCUGCAGAAUGCCAGCCAUUUCCCUGCAGGGAUUGUAACUAAAAUCCUAUGGAGUUAUUUAAUUUCCAGCAAUAAAUACUGAGUGACUACAUGA